UUCCUUAUUUAUUUUCCGGUCCUCUCUCUUUCUCCGCCUUCCUCCACAGGCUCCCGCACCCACCUGGCCACCUCCCCUUGUUGUACUACCAUACCCUCCUCCCUCCCCGUCGCCCCCGUCGAUCCUCUGCUGCCCCCCCUCCCAAACGCCUCGCGAGGGUCGCUACCAUCCUGCCACCUCCUCGCCAGAACCCGAGGGCCGGGAUCCUACGCGCAGGAAGCCAGAAUGCCCGCGCAGAAGCGUCGGCACCCGUCGCCGUCGUCCAAGCCCCGCGACCACGUGGAGGCUAACGGGACGGCUUCUUCUUCAACCGCCGCCGCCGCCGCCGCCGGUGGUGGCGGCGGCAGAGGAGUCCAUCCGGUGCCAGGCGGAGCCGCCGCCAAUCGGGCGACUGACCCGAAGCCACCGCGCGUAGCCGUAGCCGAUUCGGGCUUGACGGACAGCGGAAGCAGCAGCGGCGGCGCGUAUAGCGACAGCGAGUCGUCGGAGAGCACCGAAGACGUGGAUGAGUUUAUACUAGUGAAAUUAGCGGAAAUACGAAAGGAGUUCCAGUGCCCGAUUUGUUUAGGGAUUAUCCGGAAGACAAGAACAGUUAUGGAAUGUUUGCACCGGUUCUGCAGGGAUUGCAUUGAUAAAUCUAUGCGGCUAGGGAAUAAUGAGUGCCCAGCAUGCCGCACUCAUUGUGCAAGCAGGCGCUCUUUGAGGGAUGAUCCUAAUUAUGAUGCACUAAUUGCAACUUUAUAUCCAGAUAUUGAUAAGUAUGAGGAAGAGGAACUUGCGUUCAGUGAAGAGGAGAAAACUCGGAAUAAAAAGAUUCAAGCUACAAUUGAGGAAACGAUUCGAAAACAGUCGGAGGCCAUCGGUAAGAAGCGUUCCACAGCAAAAGCUACUGCCAAUGCUUUUGCAAGGAAGUACAGGAGAAAUAUACAACCACGUGGGAGAGGCAAAACUAUCGCUCUUGAUACUUCACUUGCUGUCUCUGAUGAUGUGGAUAUAGAAGAAGGAAAUGCUAAUGGUGCCAGCAAGGAGUCGUCUUCUGCUGAUAAUCACUCUCCAGAUUUAAUGCAGAAAAGAGGUUCAAAGAGGCCUGCAUCACUAUCUUCUCCUGCUAGAACCAUUGGCACUACUGAUCAUGGAAUUGAAGAGAAUGGUGAAUUAGUAUCUGGAAAAGAAAGUUUCACCUCCUCUCCGCUGCGGGGGGAGAUGCUCGCAUGGGGGAAAAAUGGCACACGAAGCCAAACUCGAUAUGGCAAUAUUGGUGGAUUAAAUGGCAGGCUGGGAAAGGGUGGGCGUGGUUCGAAGUUGGUGGAGCACCUCCGUACAACUAAUGAAAUGGAUAAGGAGUUCAACUUGUAUCUGAUUCUCCUUCCUCUUGAUGGGCAAACAACACCUAGCUUAGAAAAGCCCUAUGUAAGUUGCGGACCAACGGUGUCCAUUCGACAUCUUGUACAGUUCCUUGCUCUUCAGUUGUCUCGGAAAGUUGAAGAACUUGAGAUAUAUAUAAGGAUGGGCCUCCUCAAUAGAAGUGUCACAAUGCUGGAUCCCACUUCCGUGGAGACAAAACUGCAUCAAUUUGACAACUUGGAAAGAUUGAGUGAAGAUAAGCUCCUGUCAGAUCUUCACCUUUCAUUUGCGUCUGGUCACAGUGAUCUGGAACUGUUAUAUGCUUUGAAAACUGAAGGCUAGAUCAAUUUUGUCGCAGCACGUUCACCUUGUGGACAUCGUUGCAUCUGGAGAAUGGUCAUGUGCGCAAAAUGGCGAAAUUGCUUUUCCUCUUGAGUUCAUGUUUAUAUUGAUCUUUUGUAAUAUAUAGAUCUUCUCGGUGUCCCGGUGGAUUGAAUUGAUACCUAUAGUUUUAAAUUGGUAUAAAGUAAGCUGUGUCCUAUUAGUUAUCGAUCGAGCCUUAUUCAUUUAUACCAGUCCGGAGGAUUAUGGAAAAUUGGAAGCCAAUGGUGACAAAGAAAUCAUUAAUUGUUUUGUUUCUCGA